CGGGACAGCCUUCUGCUCCGGGGCCGCCGCUCCGUACCGGGACCGAUCCUCGGCACUGGGAGACAGCGCAGGGGUCUCGGUCCUUUGCGGAGCCCGGGUGGGAGAGAGCGGAACCCGGGAGCGGGAGCCCCGUCCAGCUCCCGUGAAUCGGCGGCGAGGGCGGUCAGAGGCGGGAGCAUCGCCCAGCGCCCCGGAGCCGCCAUGGCCUCGCAGAACGCCGACCCCGCCGCCGUGCCCAGCGCGGCUGCCCGUAAAGCCGCUGAGGCGGGAGCCACGGCGGCCCGCGGCUCGGUGGGGAAGAGGCUGCAGCAGGAGCUGAUGGCACUGAUGAUGUCCGGUGACAAAGGCAUCUCCGCCUUCCCCGAGUCUGACAACCUCUUCAAGUGGAUCGGGACCAUCGACGGCGCCACUGGCACGGCCUACGAGGAGCUUCGGUACCGGCUGUCGCUGGAGUUCCCUCCCGGAUACCCUUACACGGCACCCACCGUGCGGUUCCUGACCCCCUGCUACCACCCCAACGUGGACACCCAGGGCAACAUCUGCCUUGACAUCCUCAAGGACAAGUGGUCGGCGCUCUACGACGUCCGCACCAUCCUGCUCUCCAUCCAGAGCCUGCUGGCAGAGCCCAACAUCGAGAGCCCUCUGAACACACACGCUGCCGAGCUCUGGAAGAACCAAACUGCCUACAAGAAGUACGUGCGGGAGACGUACACCAAGCAGGCCAAGAGCCAGGAGACCUGACCCGCGCCAUCGCCCCCGUCACACCGGGGUCUGCCUGCUCCCCCACCCACUCCUCCUGGCGUUCUGUACCAUAGGCUGUUUUUAAAUUAAUUAAGUCCGAGCCACGGUUAAUGUAUAAAUAAAUGCGUGUUUAUAA